AUGGGCAAAAAUAAAGUUAAUGAAUUGUUAAAAAAUGGAAAUAAUGGAAUGAAAAUAAAUGCAACAAAUAAUUCUAGUGGGAAAAAAUUAAUUUAUAUUAGUAAACCAACACAUGGAGGUGUUUUUUAUUGGAAAUGUAGAGAAAUGAUAAACUCAGUGAAAAAAAAAACGAAACGAUGUUCAAGAUAUUUAGAUUUAAAUCAUGAUUUCUCAAGAGCAGCAUUAGUAGGUGUUCCUAAAACAAGUUAUGACCCCAAAAAUAAUAUUUUUUUUAUUCAAAUGGAUAAUGAAGAAUGGGCAGGAAUUGGGAGCAAGAUGAUGUUAAAUAUAUCAAUGAAUAUUUUAUUUUAUUUACAUAUAUCCUUUUGGAUGUAUUUUAUAUAUUAUAGGAUGCUAGUAAACAACAAAUUAAAUGUAUUUAGUAAAUGGAAAAAUAACGAAUAA